AUGCCAGCAAGAACCACUCCUCCCACAUUGCCACCGCUCAUCUGGCACCUCGCCGACCUGUAUAACACAUAUAUCUUCCCUCGCCUACCAGAAGCACUACAGUCGCUCUCCGAAACGCUUGCGCCGUUCCUCACUUCCGUCAUCUCUGCCUCUUCGAACGGCGACAUUGUCUCCCUGGCCGCAUUCCUUCUCACGGUGUACCUCACACUGCGUAUUGCUGACUACGUACGUCGCAGCGUGGUGGCGUGGGUAAUAUUCAUGGCGAAGAUCGCGCUGGUGAUGGCGGUGAUCGAGGCGGUGUUUUACGUCAAUAGAUACGGGUUGACUAAGGCGCUUGACGAUGCGGAGUGGGUGGUAAGCACUCUUUGGGGGUUGGUGGAAGAUCGAAUCGUGAAUGGUGGAGGGGGUGGGACGGAUAAUAGGACGGGGUGGUAUGGGAAUAGUGGUGGCAGAGGAGGAGAGAAUUCUUGGAAUGUUUACGGCGGCGGGAGACAGCCGGUGCCUGUGGGACGAGGAGGGAGUGGGAGGAAGAGAGCUGGAGGGUGGACUUGA